AAUUUCGAUUUGCGGUCACGCUGCUGCACGUGUUGCCUGCCUUCGUUACUGUGUGUUCCGCGUUCAACAACAUUCGAAAUAAUGGCCAAGAAGCCGGAGAAGUCUCUUAAAAAGAAGGCCAAGCCCAAAAAGGAGCCGAAGCAGGAGUUAGACACGGCGGACAAGCCCACGACAUCCACACAAAAUCAAAAUAGUGACGGCAUUUGGAAGGAUGCACGUUUCCAGCAUCUUUUGUCCGAUCCGCGUUUUCGCGGGGUGCCGAAGGUGCAACGCAAGGUGAAGAUCGACAAGCGUUUCCAGGGCAUGUUCGAGGAUGAGAAGUUCAAGGUGAAGUACACGGUGGACAAGUAUGGCAGGCCGGUGAAUAAAUCCAAUAGUGAAGAUUUGCGCAAAUAUUACGAACUCGAUGAGAACGAGAGUGAAGAUGAGGAUGAAGCAGAGGCAGAGGCAGAGGCAUCUAAGCAGGCGCAGCAAUCAGACGAAGAUGAGGAGCGACGUGCCGAGGAGCUAGCCAUAGCACGGCAUGAUGACGACAAGGAUGAUGCACUGCAGCUCGAUAGUGAUGAUGACACCGAAGUGCCGCAGAAUCUGCGCGAGCGUCUAACAAAUCCAAAUAUUGAUUAUGCCCGUGGCGAGGGCCGCUUGAUGACCGACUCUUCAUCCUCCGAAGAUGAUAGCGAUGACGAGGAAGGAGCUGAUGGACCCGAACUGCAAAUCGAUCAUGUGUGGGGUGAACUUGACAUUGAUGCAGAGGGCACCGAGGAGUCGACACGUCGCCUUGCCGUCUGCAACAUGGAUUGGGAUCGCAUACGUGCCCAAGAUUUGAUGGUACUGCUCAGUUCAUUUCUGCCACCAGGCGGCAGUGUGCUCAGUGUGAAGAUUUAUCCCUCUGAGUUUGGCAAACAACGCAUGGCCGAGGAAGAUGUGCGUGGUCCUAGCGAACUGGUGAGCUCCAAAGCCGCUGCAGACUCCGAAGAUGAUGAGGACGAGGAAUUGGUACGUGAACAGGACAGCGAUGCGGAGGAGGGCGAUGACUAUCAUAUGGAGAAGUUGCGUCAGUAUCAAUUGAAUCGCUUGCGCUAUUACUAUGCUGUGGUGGAGUGCGACAGCGUCUCGACGGCGGACAAAGUGUAUAGCGAGUGCGAUGGCAUCGAGUACGAGAGCUCGGCGACACGUGUUGAUCUGCGUUUUAUACCGGAUGAGACGAACUUUGAUGAGGACAUGCCCACAGAUGAAUGCUACGAGCUGCCCGAUGCCAGCAGCUAUAAGCCGCGACAGUUUACGACGACGGCGCUGCAGCAGGCGAAGGUGGAUCUGACGUGGGACGAGACGGCGCUGGAUAGACGUGAGCUGGGCGAUAAGUUGUCUAGCGGCAAAGUGGAUCAGUUGAAUGACAAAGAGUUGCGCCAGAUUGUUGCCUACAGCAGUGAAGAAGACGAAGAGGAAGAGGAGGAUGAUGGGGAAGAGGAGCAGCUGGAGGAAAAAGCACCAAAGGAAGAUGAAGCACAGCCCAUUGCUAAGAAGUCCAGCAAGAAAGCCAAGCAACAGGAACGCAUUGAAAAGUACAAGAAUCUGUUGGCCGAAAUCAAUGAACAGGAAAAGCAGUCUAAGGAGAAGCAUUACGAAAUGGAAAUGUCCUGGAACAUAAAUGCCAACAACGAACCCAAGGACACAAAGGAGAUGAGCAGCGGCAGCAAAUCCCAAAUGACGCCCAUUGAGCAAGUGCUGCAGAAGCGCAGCGAGAAGAACAAACAGCGGAAGGAACACCGACGUCGCAAGCAAUUGGAACUGAAGGGUAUUGAUCCCGAUGCGCCACCGGAUAGUGAUGAUGAGUCCAUACCCGAUGGCAUCGAUAUGAACGAUGCCUACUUUGCUGAGGAAUUCGCCAACGGCGACUAUGAGCAGCCCAAGAAGCCAAGCAAAAAGUCACAGGCGAAGAAACAGAAGAACAAAGCUGCUGCAGAUGAUGCGGAAGCGGCUCAGGCUGAAGAUGAGCUGGCAUUGUUGCUGGAUGAUAACGAUGGUCUGGAGUCGGAGCAAAAGCAACACUUUAGUCUCUCCAAGAUCCUAAAGGAUGAACAGCAGAAUGCGAGCAGCAAACGCAAGCGUCGCAAGCAGCUCAAGAAAUCGAAAUCAGGCGACAACAAGACGCAGCAGGUGGAAGAUGAUUUCAAGGUGGAUUUGAAUGAUUCCCGAUUCAAGGCUGUGUACAAAUCGCAUGAAUAUAACAUUGAUCCAACGCACUCCAAUUACAAGGCCACCAAGGGCAUGCAGGAUAUGAUUAGCGAGAAGCUGAAGCGUCGCCAGCACCAAGAGGAUAACGAUCAGGAGGAUGAGCCAGCCCAGAAGCGUUCCAAGCAACAGUUGGAACAGAAUGCGCUGGUUAAGAGUCUGAAGCGCAAGCUUCAACAGCGUAAAGUGUAAUUGGUCCA